AUGUCCUCGAGUGCAGGGCUGCUAGCUCCAAUCGGUUUGGAGAGGGUUCGGACGAGGGGUUUGUCACCGCCUUCCCCGUCGCUCGUCCCUUCUUCUCCCUCUCCCGGUCCUUCGCCCUCCCUCUCACAGACCGACGCCAACUCGCCCUUCUUCGCUUCAACCGAGGAGGAGAAAGGAAAGAGGGAGAAGAGAGAAGUGGAACGAGCGGCGUUCGAGGAGGCAAAGGCCUUGUAUGAAGCUGGAGUUGGGAUCGCGAGGGAUAAUCCGCGUGCUGCGACUCUACAUUUCAGACAAGCAGCAGCAGUUUUCUCGACCCUCUCUUCCUCGAAACACCUGAAAAAAAGGGACAAGGCGCUCUGGCAAGCGGGGAUGUGUUUUGCGCACGAGGGCGUGCGGUUGGGUCGGAGAGCUGCCCGACUCGCCCGAAGAAAAGGAGAGGGGAGGAAGAGGGCGGAGGAAGGAUUGGCGGAGGCAAGGGGGUGUUUGGAGCAGGCGAGAGAUUUGUUUCACUUUCUUGGGGAGACUGCGAAGGAAGCAAUAGCGCUGUACCAACUCGGUCUCUUCAGCUGCACCAUCGCCGAAGCCGCCGACCACUUCAAAUCCGCCGCCAUCCUCUUCGCCGAGUGCGGGGACGAAGGACGAGAGGCGAUGUGUUAUGCCGAGUUGGGGAACUUGUUUGCGGCGGGUGAGGGGGGAGAUCCGGAUUCGGGGAUCUGGUUCUUCAAGCAGGCCCUCUUGUUGUACCUCAAGCUCGGCGACACGCUCAAAGAAGCGCAUUGCCUCUUUUCCUGCGGCGUCCUCUUCGCUCGCCUCCCUCCACCCGACCCCUCCGCGCCCUCUUCCACGACUUCCUUCCCCUCACUCGGCGCCUCAACGUCCUCGUCUACCUCCCAUCACACCCCAAACCCAACCCAAAGCGCCCUCGCGUACCUCUCCCAGUCCGCGACGCUCUUCAGGAAGAUGAGAGACAGGAAGGGCGAGGCGGAGUGUAGGUAUCAGAUGGGGAAGAUCUAUGCGCGUGUAGGGGGCGCGAGGGAGAAGAGCGGGUUGGAGAGGGCCGUCAAGGAGUUUGAGGAGGCCAGCAACCUUUUCCUCAAGGCUGGCUCGAAUACGGAUUGCGCAUGGACAUACUACCGCCUCUCGCUCGUCAUGCUCAAAGUCCGCUCGAAGGAGCUCGCGCUGGACUACCUCGCCGAGGCGAGAAAGCUCUUUGCGGAUGCGAAGGAGAAGAAGGCGGAGGGAGCUUGUCUUGUCCGAAUGGCGGAGAUGAUGCGAGGUGAGGAGUCGAAGGAGUCAUUGGUGCUGGGCUCGAAGGAGGAGGAGGAGGCGUUUUUGGCGGACAAGUACCUAACAGAGGCCGCGACGCUCAUGCCCUCCUCGACAUUCGACCGUCUCACGCGCUCGCACUCACGCUCAUCGGCCCACUUCGGCCGAAGAGGAACGAUCCGCCUCUCCGCCUCGUCUCCCCAACUCUCCUCCAGCUCUCCCUCCCAGUCCCGCGCACCACCUCGUCUCCGCACCGCUUCAUCGCCAGACGAGCUCGAAGUCGUCCGCGAAGAAGACGAGGAAGACGAGGAUCAAGACGAAGAGGAGGGUCUCUCGCUCGCGCGGCAGGGAAGCGAAGGAGGACUUGGGCUCGGAGCGGGGAGGGGAGGAGAGGCGUGGUGGGCUGUUAAGGACGAUUCGGGGCUCGGAGCCGGUGAGAUGGACGCGAGGGCGGAGAAGGGGAAGGGGAAGGAGAGGGAGGGGAGGAGGGAGAGGAAGGCGAAUGCGGGUGGGAGUGCGUAG